AUCGAGCCACUACCCACUACCCAGUCGGCCAAUCCCUCUAGCUAGCUAGAGCUCUCCAUCUCAUCGUCAUCAUUGUAUUAGCCAUUGUUUCUGUCAUGGCAAGGAUUUUGGAACCCUUGACUGUAGGGAGAGUUGUAGGUGAGGUUGUAGAUUUCUUCACUCCUAGCGUGAAGAUGACUGUGACCUACUACUCCAAUAAGCAAGUCUGCAAUGGGCAUGAGUUGAUGCCUUCAGUCAUAACCUCCAGACCUCGAGUCGAGAUUGGUGGUGAAGAUCUGAGGGCUGCCUACACACUUAUCAUGACAGACCCAGAUGCUCCAAGCCCCAGUGGUCCAUACUUGAGAGAACACCUUCACUGGAUUGUUACGGAUAUUCCUGGCACAACCGAUUCAUCCUUUGGCAGAGAAAUCGUGGAGUAUGAGACCCCGAAGCCAGUUAUCGGCAUCCACAGGUUUGUCUUCAUUCUAUUCAAGCAGAGGGGGAGGCAAACAGUGAAGCCUCCGGCUUCAAGAGACCACUUCAACACAAGGAAGUUCUCGGAAGAGAAUGGUCUAGGGCUCCCGGUAGCUGCGGUUUACUUCAACGCACAGAGAGAAACUGCAGCUAGACGACGAUGAAGAAGAAGAGAUGCCUAAGCCUAAAGAGAGUAUAGUUGGUGUGAGAGAGUCUAUUAGGACAAAGUGAUUCUUCUUCACGAGUGUCAGCAGUCAGCACUACUACUUCAUUUCUCUUCUCUGUGAGUUUGUUGGCUUGUGUUUGGUCGUAAGUCGUAACGUAGGUUGAUAUAUAUUAUAUAUA